AUGGUGGCAUGCACCUGUAGUCUCACUACUUGGGAGGCUAAGGCGGGAGGAUCCCUUGAGCCCAAGAGUUCAAGGCAGCAGUGAUUUGUGAUCCCACCACUGCACUCUAUUCUGGGUGACAGAGCAAGACCCAGUCUCUAAAAAGAAAGUACAGAAGCUUGGAAGGUACUCUGCACCAGACAUGCGUGGCCUCAGAUUCAUCUUGAUACCAGUUGAACUGCUACUUUGCUACCUCCUGCUGCACCCUGUAUAUGCCACUUCAUAUGGAAAGCAGACGAAUGUCUUGACGCACCUUCCCUUGUCUUUGGAAUCCCAGACACCCUCCUCAGACCCCUUGUCCUGCCGAUUACUGCACCCAAAGUCACUGCCUGGUUUCAGCCACAUGGCCCCUCUACCCAAGUUCUUGGUAAGCCUGGCUCUAAGGAAUGCCCUGGAGGAAGCUGGUUGCCAGGCUGAUGUUUGGGCUCUACAGCUUCAGCUCUAUCGCCAGGGUGGUGUGAAUGCUACACAGGUCCUCAUCCAGCAUCUUCAAGGGCUCCAGAAAGGCAGAAGCACAGAGAGGAAAGUGUCAGUGGAAGCCCUGGCCUCUGCUCUGCAGCUGUUAGCCAGGGAGCAGCCAGGCACAGGAAGGGUCCGGCGCUACCUCCCCACAGAAGACUGUGAGAAUGAGAAGGAGCAAGAUGUGCACAAUGUCGUCCAGCUGCUGCCAGGAGUGGGAACAUUCUACAACCUGGGCACAGCCUUGUAUUAUGCUACUCAAAACUGCCUGGGCAAGGCCAAGGAACGAGGCCGAGAUGGGGCCAUAGAUCUGGGAUACGACCUUCUGAUGACCAUGGCUGGGAUGUCAGGGGGGCCUAUGGGUCUAGUGGUCAGUGCUGCACUUAAACCUGCAUUAAAGGCUGGGGUUCAGCAGUUGAUCCAGUAUUAUCAAGAUCAUAAUGAGGCAAACAUCUCUCAGCCAGAGACCACUAAGGAGGGUUUGAGGGGCAUCUCAGAUGUGAGUGACUUGGAAGGAACAACUACCCUGACUUCUUUCACCUCAAAAGUAGUAAGUUCAGCUCCCUACUGGGGACGGGCCAUAAUCAAGAGCUAUGACUUAGAUCCUGGGGCUGGGAGUUUUGGGAUAUAA